CCGGUUCUUCAUCUCCUCAAGGUCUUCCUCCGCCUUCCUCCUUGCCUCCACCUCUUCCUCCGCCUUCCUCCUUGCCUCCACCACCUCUUCCUCCGCCUUCCUCCUUGCCUCCACCACCUCUUCCUCCGCCUUCCUCCUUGCCUCCACCUGUUCCUCCGCCUUCCUCCUUGCCUCCGCCACCUGUUCCUCCGCCUUCCUCCUUGCCUCCACCUCUUUCGCCAAAAGCUG